AUGUCCCUGUCUUCGGAAGACGAGGACGAGUACCUCUCCGACAACCUGUCGUCGGGCUCGUCAGACGACGACGAAUCGCCCCCGCGGCCGCCGUCACAAAACUACUUUGCGCCGCCCUUCUACGGCCGACCGCCGACGCCGCUGCCACCCUCUCCGUCACUGACGUCGCUGUUGCGGCCGUCGCGACCGACAACACCCGAUGCCUCAGACGACGACAACAUGGCGCCGCUGCCGCGGGCGGCGCCCAAGGUGCCUACGUACGAAUACUACGGCUUCGUGCUGUACCUGUUCAGCAGCCUGACGUUCCUGCUGUGGCUGCUGUGGAGCUACCUGCCGGCGCCGUUCCUGCUGGCGCUGGGCAUCGAGUACUACCCGGACCGGUGGUGGGCGCUGGCGACGCCGGCCUUCCUCGUCAUGACGCUCGUGUACAUCUACGUGGCGCUGGCGUCGUACAACACGGAGAUCAUGACGGUGCCCAUGGCGAGCGUCGAGACCAUCGUCGACGGCGCGGGCAAGCUGGCCGUCAUCGACUCCAAGGGCCGGCUGCGCGGCAGCGGCAGCGGCAGGCGGGAGCGCAAGUGCGACGGCAACGGGCGCCUGCGCUGGAGGGAGAUUUGGAACGAGGGGACCGACGCGGUGCUGGACAUCCCGCUGGCGGGCGUGUGCGAGGUGCUCUACGGCGAGGGGAGGGAGGACGGCGGCCAUGGCGGCGCGUCCGACGACGGGACGUGA